CAGUGAGAUUAAAAAUAAAACUAAAAAACGAUGUUUGUAACAAAAAGAAAGGUGCCUCUUUUGCAGCGAUGGCGAGAAGAAGCGGUUUAUAUAGUAGCUGGGCCUGUGUUGCUCUUUUGAAGCUGUUUCCUUGCUCUUGCUCUUGCUGUCGGGAGUCUGUGCAGCGGUGGCUCCUGUGCUCUCCUCUCGUUUGUCCUUAGGCCUCGACUCUGGAGAUGCUGCAAAUCCAGCAAAUAACGACGCUUGCGGAAGGUCCUGCCGCUGCUGCGUGCCGCUUCUGUUGGCCACAACACAUGCCGGCCUGCUGCACACUCUCGCCUGGGCCUUGCGCGUGCUUCUCGUGUUGUUGCUGCUGCUACUGCUGCUGCUUCUCGGUCCCUGCGUUGUCGCUAUUGCUGCUGCUGCUGCCGCUGCUGUCCUCUCCUUCACAUCACCGACGGGACUCGGCCGCAGUGCCGUCUCGUCAAACACGCCGUCAAAAAAAACAACGCGUUCCAGCAGCGUGUCUUCUGCGUUGCUCACGCUUUCCACACGCUUUCCUUUUUGUUACUGACCACCUUGUCGGUGUCUCUCUGUUGGUGCCUGCAUUAGCCAGCGCGCUCAUGAAAUCCACAACUGCGGAUGUGAUCGACUGUUUUAUUUUUAUUUACCACUAUCACUAAGCCUAAGUUUCAUAUAUUUCAACACCUAUUUUCCCAAUUUUACACAUCACUCGUUGAUAUUCCUUGAUAUCGUUGGUUUUUGCUCUAUGUGUUAGUUAAUUUGUACCCAGAGCCC